GUGAUAUUUAGUAUUUUAUUAUAGGGAUAUAUUUUUAAAUUAUUGUAGAUAAAUCUAAUUAUGUCCGACUCUAGAGAAGCCGAUAAGAAGGAGUGUAACAACAGACUGCGACCUGCGAUCCGCAGUCACCAGCGUACCCCGUCAGGGUCCAGGGACUUCAAGGAAGCAACCAAGCGCGAUGCCCUCGCCAGGGUGGCCGUGGAACUGGAGAGGCUGGUCGGCACCAUCCCGGAGAACAGACGGCCCCUCGUGGAGAAGGAGUUUGCCGGUUUCAAGAAUUUGUUCAGCAGAUUUUUAGCAGAACAGGGACCAUCAGUAACAUGGGAAAAGAUCGAGAGAUUACCAGAAGGUGCGGUCAUAGACUACAACACGUUAGAGACGCCGACCACAGACAACGUACAUCAUAUGCUGGAUAAACUGGUUGUGGUCAAGUUGAAUGGAGGUCUGGGCACAUCUAUGGGCUGUAAGGGCCCCAAGUCGGUGAUACAAGUGAGAAAUGAACUCACAUUUUUGGAUCUGACUGUACAACAGAUUGAGCACCUGAAUAAAAGAUACAAAUGCAACGUACCAUUGGUGUUGAUGAACUCGUUCAACACGGACGACGACACGCAGAAGGUGAUCCGCAAGUACCGGGGUUUGAACCUCGAGAUCCACACCUUUAAUCAGUCCUGCCACCCGCGCAUCAACCGGGAGUCCCUAUUGCCCAUCGCGAAGAAUGGUGACGUGCACUCUGAUAUCGAGGCGUGGUAUCCACCUGGCCACGGUGACUUCUACGAAUCCUUCAACAACUCUGGCCUCCUCCAAAAAUUCAUCAAAGAAGGUCGUACCUAUUGCUUCAUCAGCAAUAUCGACAACCUCGGAGCCACUGUCGAUCUGAACAUCCUAAACCUACUCCUCAAUCCUGAACCACAACGUUCCACAUCAGAAUUCGUAAUGGAAGUCACGGAUAAAACAAGAGCUGAUGUAAAAGGUGGAACUCUAAUUCAGUAUGAAGAUAAACUUAGACUGCUAGAAAUAGCUCAAGUACCAAAAGAGCACGUGGAUGAUUUCAAAUCAGUUAGCCAGUUCAAAUUCUUCAAUACCAACAAUUUAUGGGCGAAACUCGACGCUAUACAGCGUGUUGUCGAACAAGGAUCACUAAAUAUGGAGAUAAUUGUGAACAACAAGCAUUUAGGUGAUGGAUUAAAUGUGAUACAAUUGGAAACAGCUGUAGGUGCUGCAAUGAAGUGCUUCGAAGGUGGAAUAGGCGUUAAUGUGCCGAGAAGUAGGUUCUUGCCAGUUAAAAAAACAUCAGAUCUACUUCUCGUCAUGUCGAAUCUGUACAGUUUGUCUCAUGGGUCGUUGGUCAUGUCGCCACAGAGGAUGUUCCCUUCAACACCACUCGUGAAACUGGGUGAUAAUCACUUUGCAAAGGUCAAGGAUUUCCUGAACAGGUUUGCGACGAUACCGGACCUUAUUGAGUUGGACCAUUUGACGGUAUCUGGGGAUGUUACGUUUGGCAGAGGAGUGUCAUUGAAGGGUACAGUGAUCAUAAUUGCGAAUCAUGGAGAUCGUAUUGAUAUACCGUCAGGGGCGCUACUCGAAAACAAGAUUGUGUCCGGCAAUUUGCGGAUCCUCGACCAUUAGUUUUUUAAGGACAAUGAUGGAUAAACCCAGGGGCGGAUCGUGAAGUUGUGGGGCCCUAGGCUAAAUCUACUUAGGUGUCUAUCUAAUUAAAUUACUCAACUACAAAAAUACACUGACCAAAACCUUCCUUUCGUUAGACGCGCACUUGCAUGGGUUGAUUGAUCUCAGGGUUGCCAACCUUAUGAUAGAUUUUUAAAGAUUCUAGAUAUUUUUUAUAUUUAAAAUAUCGUUUCAGUGGUGACUGGGGGCCCUAUGAAUCCUCGGGGCCCUGGGCUGCAGCCCAAAAAGCCCUUAGGUAGAUCCGCCCCUGGAUAAACCUAUCCAUUAAUAAGUGUAAACU